ACUUCGUCUGGUGAGCCGUUGCCAUGGUAGUCAACCGACACAACUUUGCAGGACCUGGGAUAAGCUAACCUCGGAAGGCAAAGAAUUAGCUGUUUAUUGGACGCGCACAUUGCCCACUUAGUUUUCCUCUAGAAGCUGUAUUUCAAAGAUACGUCAGCGGUUUAUUUGUGUAACGACACAAUGGAGGAAGAAUUACUUCUGACGAUUGAAGAGGAAAGAAGGAAGCCACUGGUCGAACCAGAGACGUUAGAAGAAAACGUCGAAGUCCAGGAGGGGGUGUUGACUGACAAAAUGGUGUCCAAAGGUUUGUCCCAUCUUGGACUUGAUCUGACCAAGCAGCAUCAUGUUCUAUGCCACAUAUCCCUACCUAAUCUCAGUCUUAUAGACAUAUCUUUGUUGUGCAAGUAUGUCAAUCUUGAAAAGCUAGAACUGCAACACAACAACAUAGAAGAUAUAUCCUGCCUGAACCACAUACCCCACCUUAUCUACCUGGAUGUGUCUCACAAUAAAAUCUCCAACUUCUUCCAAUUCCAGCCACUCCGGUACCUCGAGGUGGCUAAUUUCUCCCAUAACCGAAUACCAGACAUAAAGGAUCUGGCAGGCUUUUGCUGCCUGCGAAAGCUGAAUCUGGACUACAACUGUCUCUCUGAAGUCAAUGGUAUUUGUUCUGUCCUCAACCAUCUCAGCCUGGCUCACAACAAAAUCACAAAAAUCAGCAACCUGGGCAAUCUGCCUCUUACGUCUCUCAGCCUGAAGGGAAACCAGCUCCACAGUUGUGAAGGGUUGGAGAAGUUACAGAACAUACAGUUUCUUGAUUUGUCGAGGAAUUCCAUCACUUCUCUUUCAGGAAUUCAGAAUCUCCGCUAUCUAUACUACAUCAACUUGGAGAAAAACCAGAUUGUGGAAAUUGAGAAUUUAAAACAUAUCAUUGAUCUACCGAUGCUGACAAACCUCAAUCUCCUGGAUAACCCUGUGCAGGAGCACCAGGACUACAGACUGAAAGUCAUCUUUCUCCGCCGAAGUUUAUCAAUGCUAGACAAUAAGAAAGUCACUGUUGAAGAAAAGGUGUGUUCACUGAACAUGUUUGAGCCUCCUAUGGACAUAGUAGCAGCAAAAGAUCACAUCACAAAUAUGGUUCACCGGAUGGCACAGCCACAGGCUCUCUAUCGAAGUACAAUGCCUACUCCAAACACCCCAUACCCAAUGCUGGUGCUGACGGGCCCUGAAGGCUGUAGGAAAGGGGACUUGGUUCGCAGACUGUGCCAGGAGUUUGUUAAAGACUUUGGUGUUGGCAUCUGUCACACAACACGGCAACCACACCCUGGAGAGAAGAACGGGGUUGAUUAUCACUUUGUCAGUGAAGACGAAUUUCAGAACUUAGUUCUCAUGGGUAAAUUUCUCUUGACCAUGCAAUAUGGCAGCCAUCUGUUUGGCCUCACCAGAGGUGCAAUAGAGGAAGUAGCAAAUCAUGAGGUGGUUUGUUGUGUACAUAUGGAGCUGGAGGGUGUUUUCAGUCUAAAGAAGACUUGCUUUAAGCCUCGAUACAUUCUGCUUAUACCCACGGAGAUAGAGAAGUUGAUCACCCACUUGAAAAGCACUAACCGUUACACCCAGCCACAGAUUGAUCUUGCAGUGCAACGUGUGGCCCUCUAUUCAAAAACCAAUGAAGAACGUCCAGGAUUCUUCGACAAUGUCAUUCCAUGUGAUCACUACGAAGACGCUUACCAGACUUUGCUGGAAAUAGUGAAGGUCUACAUGUUCGUUGAGGAGCUGGAGGAAAAGGAAGAGCAGAAGACAAGAGAGGAGGAGGAGAAACCAAAGGAAGAGGAAGUGGAAAAAGAGAAGAGCAGCAGUGAAUCCUCCUCUGACAGUUUGAAAUGCUUUGAAUCAGACGAGGGACCAGAUUCUACAUUGAUAGAAUCAGAGUCACUCCCUGACUCAACCGUCAAAACCAGCUUAGCUAAAGUCCAGGCAGAUUCCAGCUGUCGAGAAACAUCAACUGAGCUUGCCUCCUUGAGGAAGCGAGAGGAGCUGGAGAUUGACGCUGUCAACUGGGUUGACCCCAUUUUCAUAUCCAGUUCUGUAUGUGAUAACCAUGUUUUCCUGCUGGAGUUGGAGGAGGAGGAGACAACAGACAAAGAGAAACCAAAGGAAGAGGAAGUGGAAAAAGAGAAGAGCAAUAGUUGGAGAGGCUUUGAUUCAGUCGAGGAAUCAGCAACAACACCAGUGGAAUCAGAGUCACUCCCUGGAUCAACCAUCGAAACCAGCUUAGCUAAAGUCCAGUCAGAACCGCACAGCUCAGAAGUGUCUCGUCCCGCCUCAGCUCUAGAUGUUCCCGUGUCACUCGGUGGCAGUGUUGAAGCUCUCGAUGGAACCCUAUUGGAACACACGGCAGAAAUGCUCAAUGAUUGCAAUAUGGGACUUGAGACAAAGUCCAUCCUGCCUCCAGUCUCACCUGGACAUAAGAACCGUGAAGACACCAAGUCCACGUCACCUGAGGCACCUUGAAUCUUCCCCUAACCGCCCGUCGAAAAGAACGAAGGAGCAAAUGUGGAGGGAUGGUUUUCAUAGAAGAUUUAGUUGUUUUGUUUUGUUUGUUUUUUUAAACAAAGCAGAAAAUAUUUGAAGGUAGUUUCUAUUUCAAAAAUCAAAAUCUUAUUAGUAAACAUUACUUUGGGAUUUAUUCUGUUCUGUUUUUUGUACAGCUGUGUUUUGUUUAGAGAUGCAUUAUAGUCAGAUAUGUCUGACUUGUUUAGGCUGUAAGAGCAAGAAAAUCUGCUGAUAAGAUGGAAGGAAGAAAAUAGUAAUAUAAUGCUACUCUUGUUUAUCUUGUUGAGCUUUCACUGUCUGUCAUUCUGGAUUUGGAAAUAUUGACAGGCUUUUAUAAAUCUCAGUCAAGGUAGUUUUAUGUUUAGUAGGGAAUACACACAAAACUGCUGCUUCUACUUGCUAAUAAAAGAGGCUAAAGACAAUUUAAAUUGUGAACUUUAUGUUUUCUCUGAAAAUAUUAGUGACACUCUCUUUUUACCAAUAGCUCAAAUG